AUGGUGUCUUCCAGGAAGCGGGGCCGGCAGGAGAUGGAGGAUGUCGAGCCUCCAAAGGAACGAAGUAUGCUUGAUCGCAUCAGGAAUACGUGGGAGUUUGCAAACCUUGCACAAUAUAUUUUCACCUUUGGAAGGGCCGUGAAAAUCGACGAGAACUUGGACAUCGAGGAUCUAGAGAUGGAAUGCCUCAAGCCCAAUUCAACAAUCCUCCCCGAUAUUGGCUUAGCACUCCUUAAAUUCGUCUCUUCACAUAGAGGUCUCACGUCGGUCUCCCUAAACCCCUUCUCCGUUCUAUAUCGUUCUAUAUCUAACAUAAACAGUCCUGAGAUAUUUGAUGAAUACACACGAAGACAGUAUCUGGCCAAAGCCCCUCUCCGCAACCCAUUUGGCGAGGAGGAGGAUCCUGCAAACUUUAAUGGCUUUGAUACUUUUACAAAGAUCCGAGUUUUACAACAGCUCACUCAAUGGACAAUGGGAAAUCCGGACCGUAUCCGAGAGAGAAUGGAGGAACAGAAGGAUUCUGAGCAGACAAUUUGGCGCAUUGAACCCUUUGGAUGGGACUCGGAUGAUCGCACGUACAUCGUCCUUGAUGACAAUCGAUUAUACCGCCGCACCGACCCCCCUCCACCACCUCCACCUCCUGCUGCGAAACCUAGGAAGAAUUCCAAGAAGGCCAAGGCAGCAGCUAGAGCUAGCAAACGCAGAAGGGUCUCUGAGGCUGUUGAGAGUGAAGCUGAGCCCGCAGAUGAGGUCGAUGAAGACCAAAAUGCCGAGAACAAGAUAGAAGAUGACGGGCUUGGUGGAAUGACAUGGGAGUGUAUUGCCGUCACCUUGGACGAUUUUAACGCCUUUCUUUCUUCGAUUGAGAAGAGUAAGGAUCCAAACGAGAAAAUUCUACGCAAGCGGAUUGUGGAUGACCUAUUGCCACUUUUGGAGAAACAAGAGGAGGCACGCAAACGCAAAGAGGCGCAAAAAGAGCGUGAACUACUCAACCUUGAGAAACUAGCAUCGGCCAAGAGGUCCAGCAGAAUAGCAGGCAAAAUGGAACAGCAGAAACAGGACGAAGAAGCCCGCGACACAGAGCGGAAGCGACAGGCUGAGUUGAUAAUGGCCAAGAAAGAGCAAGAGAAGUGGACUAAGCUAGAGAAGGAGCGGGAGUCUCGUAUGAUGACUCGCGAGCAAAGAGUGAAGGAGCGAGAGGCUCGCCGAAUUCUACAUGAGGAGGAGCUGGCCAAUCUCUCCGAAGACAGUAAGAAAUUUGACUCGGCAGCUGGUCGCCUUUCUGAACGUCACCUCAAGGCCGAGAUAGAGAGGAAGAAGCAGGCCCUGGAAGAACUCGCGGAGGAAGAGGACUGGAUCUUUGAUUGUAUCUGUGGUGCGUAUGGACAAAUUGAUGAUGGCACGCAUAGUAUUGCAUGCGAUGAGUGCAACAUCUGGCAACAUAGCAAGUGUGUUGGAGUUAGUCAGGCAGAAGCUGACAGAGAAGAUUUCCACUUCAUUUGUACAACCUGCCGACGUCGUGCAGAGGACAAAGAAAGAGCCAAAACCCAGCCGCCAAUCAAGAUCAAGCUUAACCGACCAGGAUCCUCGUCUUCGCCAUUGGCUCCGAGACAAGGCAGUACAUCGGCCGGUGUUGUCCCCUCAUCGGUUGAUAGAGGUACUGAGAGCCAUCCAGAUGCUCAAAUUGCGGCGCAGGCCACCCCGAAGCCGCAAAUUCGUCUUACACAGAAGGGUACGCCACAAAUGGCAACCUGGCAACCUGGUCACUUACCAUCACUUCAAAGUCCUCACCACGCAUCGCCCAAAAGCUCUACAACAGCAACGAACAAUCAUGCAAGUGGGCCUCAAGCUUCUCCCCAGCGCGCAAGCCAAAGCCCUACAAUGACAAAGGCAUCCCCUACUCAAGGGGCCUCCAGGGUGGCAUAUCCUUACACUAAUAGUGGAAGUGUAGCGACACCUCAGUAUAGCGCUUCGCGACCAUCCAGUGCCCACGCCUUCUCUUCACCGCAGCCAAACAGCCCAAUGAAUCUACCACCACCACCACUAGCCUAUAAUUUCGUAAACGGUAAAGGCACAUCCCACAGGAACGGCGUGCAAAGUCAACAAUCAUCUUCCACGCAUUACUUGCAGGGAUCCCCCUCAUUCUCGAUAAACCCUUACGGCGCACCAACCCCAUCCAAUGGGGCGGGUGGGCAUCUUCCCGAAAUUAGCGAUAAUGGCCGCCGUCGCAGUUCCAUAAAUCUUUCAUCUCCUCUUGCCGGGGCCCCAGUCCUAACUCCAACCACCAAAAUCAACCCAAGCUCGAGUUUCCCUGCCUCUAGUAGCCCGGUCUUAACCAAUGGUCCAAGUAUGCACACUUGGCAACCUCCGAAGGCAUCACCACCACACGGAGUACCAUCUUCACCGGCUCAGGAAUUGCCAGGUCAACAAUACGCCAAUUCUGGUCAUGCUUCUCCUUUACCUCCAGCUGUGACAGGACUUUCGCCAACGAAGCAUUCUCCUCCUAGAUCGACUUCGAAUGGAAGUAUAAGCUCGACUACACCUUCAAUGCUGCCUCCCGUUGCUCCGUUGUCGCCAAGUCAUCAGAUGCAAAACCUCUCUCCACCAGUAAAGUCUUCAGAACCAGAUCGGGCUAAGCCGAACGGUCAAGCCAUCGCUCCUUGA